GGGCACAGAGCAUUCCUUCCUUGCCAGUUUUUUUUUUCUACUCAUCUUCUUCUUCCUGUGAGUAAUCAAACAGCCUGACUGUUCGACACUGCAGAUCUUCAGAGGAGGAGACCAGACGCCUGCUGAGAUCCACCAAAAUCCAGAGAAGCUGCUGUGGAGGAAGUGAGAAGGUAAACUUUAAAACGUUUGGGGAAGAAUGGUUGCGUCAAUCCUCAACUUUCACCUUUAUAAGGGGAGAAGGUCAUGGCAUUGGUGCCCAUUCAUUUUUCUUUCCACCCAUUUAUGUUUUGGUGGCUGAUUUUGUGAGUCAAAGUUUAAAAUUAGAGCUGAUAUGGUGUGUUGUCCCCGCUUCCCCUGUGUUGUGACGGGGGCUUUUGUGUGUGUGUGUGGGGGGGGGGGGGGGUGACGUCAGCCGGUGUUUGCGCUCUCGGUCAUGAGGAUGUGGUAACCAGCGCUCGUUCUGUCAGCACACUGCAAUCUGUGCGAAAAGCCCCAGCAGGCCGCAGCUCUGCUUCCUGUUGUCUUUGUCUCCGCCCCCUCCUUUUUUACACCUGUCAACCGUUCCAAAAUACAGGCGGUUGCCGUGGAGACACUGAGGCACAAUAAGGAGGAGAGAAGUGGGACUCCCCAGUCAGAGCGGAGAGAGGUGUCCGACCCACAGCAGGUCAUGGAUCACCAACAGCAGCAGAACACCAAGGUGGAGCGGUUCCUGAAGCUCGGAUACUCUCACGGGGACAUUCUCAGGGUUCUUGAGAACCUGCGGCACGACGCCCAGACCAAUGACAUCCUGGAGGAGCUCAUCAAGACCUGCCAGGCUCGCACCCACGCCAACAAGAGCGUCCCCAGCAGUCCCAAGCUGGUGGCACGGGGCUGCAGCCCGAGCCCCAGCAGGACCAGAACCGCCCCUGACAGAGAGCUGGGGUCUGGAUUCAGAUCCGUGGUGAUAGACGGCAGCAAUGUGGCCAUGAGCCACGGCGACAAAAAAGUGUUCUCGUGCCAGGGUCUCCAGCUGGCAGUCAGCUGGUUCUGGGACAGAGGUCUGCGGGACAUCACCGUGUUUGUCCCACUGUGGAGGAAGGAGACACCACGGCCUGAAGCGCCCAUCACAGAUCAACAUGUUCUCCACGAGCUGGAGAGGAGGAAGAUCCUGGUGUACACGCCAUCCCGUUGCGUGAACGGCAAGAGGGUGGUGUGCUACGACGACCGUUACAUCGUCAAGCUGGCCUUGGAGGUGGACGGCAUCAUCGUCUCCAACGACAACUACCGGGACCUGCAGAUGGAGAACCCCCAGUGGAAGAAAUUCAUCGAGGAGCGGCUACUUAUGUACACAUUUGCAAACGACAAGUUCAUGCCUCCAGAUGACCCUCUGGGUAGAAAUGGUCCCACCAUUGACGAGUUUCUGAGAAAAAAAACGUGGAGUCCUGACAACAGGAUGCAGCACUGUCCUUACGGAAAGAAAUGUACUUACGGAGUCAAAUGCAAGUUCUAUCAUCCGGAGAGGACAAACCAGUCUCAGAUGUCAGUGGCCGAUGAACUAAGGGCUCAAGGGGACCGAGCCAAAACUGUCUCACAAACUGCAUAUCUCUCCGAGCUCAAACACCCCUCAUCCAGCCCGCCACUGAGCACAGAUGACUUCCAGGGUUCUCACAGCUCCAGCGCUCUCAGCGGACACUCCAGCCUCAACUUCUACUCGAGCUCCGAAGUAGAUGAGGCCUUCGGCUCUCUGGAGAGCUCCUUCAACAGGUUCCACCUCCAGGACUACACAGCAGACCUGCAUCUGCAUAGCUACAGCAGCGGGGUGGGCAGCUGCUGCUUGAGCCACAGAGACUCCUCCCACUCUGGGUCAUAUCAGGGCUGCACCUCUGAUAUGGACAAACAAGGUUACAGCCCCCCAUACUGCGAGACCCCAUCAUGCAGGUGUGGUCAGCAGCAGGCCAGGAUGUCUUCCGGACAGCAGUGUCAGCCCGGGUGGAGCUCCUGCCCACCACUGUCUUCAUACCACCCCCCUGAACUCCGGGUCCAUACUUCAGAGAAGGGGUAUGUUGGACCGCCCUACAGCCUGCCCAGAAACCCAUGGGGGCAGGUCAUUCAGUGUGAAUCCAAACUAAGCAGGCAAGCUCAGAACCAGGCCAGCGAGCACCGGAAGGGUCUGAAGAGCCAACUGAGCACACUUUUCCCCCCAAACCUGGUGGAGGCAGUCAUGACUGCACACCCCCACAUAUCAGACUUGUAUGAACUGAUCAGACUCAUCCAGAGCCACAGAACCAACCACACAGUCUUCUAAGCAUUUAACCUGGUUCUUCAACCUAAAGCCUACAAGAAGUUCUUCAGCACAGGUCACUGGAACAAAGUGAGGACUCCACCUUAAACUGCACAUGCUCAGUUCAGACAAUCCAAAGCAUUAAUGAGUGAUCUGGUAAAGGGACAGCUCGUCUUUAUCUGGAUUUAACCCUUGUUCUAUCUAUGACAAAGGUGGAUAAAGGUGGAAAGAUUUUAUGUAAUCCAUGGACACCAGUGAAGAUCACAAAUCAUUGAAGAAAAAAGAUUCAGCGUCUUGUGGGGUCUAGAUGACCCAACUCUCAACGUUAAAAGUGCCUUGGAUAGCACAAUGUGUUAAGAUGUAAUGGUCUCAGCUCUAUUGAGCUGAUUUUUUUUUUCCAUCGCCUCAAAAUGAGGAACAGCCUUCUGGACCUCUGUGAAGGUCCACGCCUUAAAGCUUUAUGUUUCUACUGCACCUUUUAAUAAAAGCACCUUAAGCUGUCUGGCUCCCU